UGUCUGUCACAUUUUCGUUAUAAGCCAGUCUUCCUCGUUUAUUUUCACCGUUUUUAUCUCUGAGAGAUGGGAGCACACUAUUUAACAGCUCAGCUGAAAGAAGAUUUUAACCGGGACGGAGUGGUCAUCAUCAGACAAGUUUUCAACAGCAGCUGGUUAAAGAAGGUCGAGUCUUCAAUCGAGAGGAACAAAGCUUCGCCCAGUCAGUACGGAGAGAAUGUCAAGGGAGAGGGCGGAAACGGGUCCUAUUUUAACGACUACUUAAACUGGAGCAAGAUUCCUGAGCUGGAAGAGUAUGUUUACAAGUCUCCCGCGGCAGAGAUCGCUAAGUUUCUGACAGGAUCUGAGAGAAUAGUGCUUUAUCACGAACACGUGUUGUGUAAAGAACCUAACACCACUAAAGCCACACCCUGGCACCACGACCAGUCCUACUACCCCCUGGACGGUGACCAAGUUUGUUCCAUCUGGAUGCCAGUGGACUAUGUCGCCAAAUCUGAGACCCUCUACUUUGUGAAAGGGUCUCACAAGAAGGGCAACUUCAUGCCCUACAAGUUCGCUACCGAGCUCCCCUAUAAAGUAUCAGAACCAAAUCAGGACUCCCUGCUUACCUUCACCUCCAUCCCAGAGAAUAUAGAGGACCUGGGGGAGAUUGUGGGGUGGGAGGUGACUCCGGGGGACUGUGUUGUGUUCGCAGGUAAAACGGUUCACGGAGCACCUGGAAACUUGUCUGGUAGACAGAGGAGGGUGUUGUCCACUAGGUGGCUUGGAGACGAUGUAGUCUGUGCCAACAGACCCUGGAUCUGCUCGCCACCAGUUACUGGAAACUUGAAACCUGGAGAUAAGUUCCAGCAGGAGGAUCUGUUUCCUUUCAUUGACUGUUAAUUAUUUAACUUCAUUUUGUGCAUUGACGUUUCAGUUACAAGAUUUGAUUACAAUAAUGACCUUACCGAAAAAGGUCGGAUAUGUAUAUUGAAUGUUGUACAAGAGUUUGAGUUGAUUUUAUUGAUAUUAGUAUUAGUAUUACGGAAUUACUGUUUAAUGAAAUAUGGGUAUUUUCUUAAUUUUUCAUACAAACUCAUAGUUUUAAUACUCGUGUUAUCAAUUA